UUCGCUCCGCACGGCGCUGCGCGGCGAAGGAUGGCUGUGCCGGAGCUGUGAGCGCAGCCCAGCCCUGCUCCGGCCCAUGGACGGGAAAGCCUCUCCGACCACUGCAUCACCCAGCAGUGUGCCUCCCAGCCUCCAUGCCUCUGCAGUCAGCAACAUCUUCAGUGCCCGACCCCUGAAGCCUCGAGAAAGCGUCCUUGGCAUUAGCUUCAAGCCCUACAGCCCGGAGUCCAGCCCAGCCCCGGCCCCCUGCACGGCCUGUGAGAGCACACGAUCCUCCAUGUUCAGAGCUCCCUGCAUGAGCCAGCGACGGCUUGCGCUCAUCUUCUGCGUCUCCAUCCUCAUCGUGCUGCUCAUUGCCCUCAUCCUGCUGUUUAUGUUCUGGCGGUCACAGACAGGCAUCGUGUACAAGGAACCUGCUGAGAGCUGCAAGGACAGCCCCGUGCGCUGCGACGGCAUCGUCGACUGCUCCCAGAGGAGCGAUGAGCUGGGCUGUGUGCGCUUCGCAUCCGACGAGUCCUUGCUCCACGUCUACUCCAGCACAGAGAGCCAGUGGCUGCCGGUGUGCAGCAGCGCCUGGGACGAAUCCUUCUCCAGGAAGACCUGCCGGCAGCUGGGAUUUCAGAAUGCAUCACAGACGGAAUACAUUCCCCUACACAUCUCCGGUAAGAGCCUCACGGUGACCAAUGAGCAAGAGACCAUCCAGCAGAGCCUCAACAGCUCACAGUGUCUCACGGGAAAGUACGUCUCUCUGCGAUGCACAACCUGUGGGCAGAGGAUUUCUGGCCGGAUCAUCGGAGGAAAGGAAACCUCUGUGAGCAAAUGGCCCUGGCAAGUCAGUGUGCAGUACGGGCCUGUCCACAUCUGCGGCGGCACCAUCAUCGAUGCGCAGUGGGUCCUCACCGCAGCCCAUUGCUUCUUCAUGAACAGCAUGAAGAUCCUCGAUGACUGGAAGGUGUAUGGUGGGGUCUCGGACCUGAAGCAGCAAGGAGAGGCCAUCCCUGUCUCCCAAGUCAUCAUCAACUCCAACUACAGUGAUGAUCAUGACGACUACGACAUCGCUCUCAUGAAGCUCUCCAGGCCGCUGACGCUCUCAGCUCAGGUUCGCCCAGCCUGCCUCCCCAUGUACGGCCAGCGAUUCCAGACCGGCAGGUCCUGCUUCAUCACCGGCUUUGGGAAGACCAGGGAGAAUGAAGACAACACAUCCCCAAAGCUGCGGGAGGCCGAGGUGAAGCUGAUUGACUACAAGAUCUGCAACAGCGACAAGGUGUACGAGGGCUACCUGACCCCACGGAUGAUGUGUGCCGGGUACCUGCAGGGAGGGAAGGAUGCCUGCCAGGGUGACAGUGGAGGACCCCUGGUCUGUGAGGACAAUGGCCGCUGGUAUGUGGCUGGGGUGACGAGCUGGGGGACAGGAUGUGGCCAGAAGAAUAAGCCCGGUGUUUACACACGCGUGACAAAGCUCCUCAACUGGAUAUACAGCAAAAUGGAGAGCGAGAAUGACUAACACCGGGAUGGACACUUGCCUGGGUUGUGCUCUCGGGCCAGCAUGAGCCCCUUGUUUCUCCUAGGGCACGAUGCUACCAGCAGAUCCCCCCACCUCCCUCUGGACUGUCUGUGCAGCCAGGGACCUGUCGCUGCCCCCAACCUCUGAAAAUACAGCACCUGCAAAGUGACUCUGCCCUCGUGCAGUGCAAGGGAGGUGGCCUGGUGGCAAAGCACGCACCCAGCCUGGCUCCGCAGCAGCUUCUCUGGUGCUCCCCAUGUAAAUAGAUGUGUUCGGACUGGGGUGUCCCGAGUGCUUCCUGGCAGAACUGGCAGGCAAGGGGCUGCUAGUGCUGCCUGCUGAUCCCAUGGAGGUGGUGGAUGGAAGCGUGGAACAGGAAUGCUGUGGGAUGCCCGUGGCUGGUCACAGUUGUGCUGCCUUGGGGUGCAGCACAGUGCUGCUGUGUGCUGCUCACACCACAGGCCACACUCCCUGUUUUCUCGGGGGGGCUGAGCAAAGGGGAGCCCUGAGGAGCAGUUACACCAUCCUCUGGGAGGAGCAGUAGUUGCCCAUGUUGGCAGGUAGGUUUUAGGAAGUGCCUAUAUAAGAGAAAACCCUGUUUGUGUAUUUCCCAUGCCAUGGAUAGGGUCUGAGCUCUCGCUCCAGGACUGCGUGCAGCCAGGCUCUGCCCCUGCCUGCUCUGAGGAGGAUGCUGGCAGCAGUGUGGAGCAGGUCUGCUCUCUGGGCUGUCACAGAAGCCAGCAGCAGCCAAAGGCCAAGGUGGAGCAUGAUGCAGACCAGCCACCUCCGGGGCAGUGCCAGCCCUGGACCUCGCUGUUAGUUCAUUGACCAUGCUGGAUUUCCCUUACCUCCCUGGCCAUGCCAGAGUGGGGACACAUUAACCCCCAAGGAAACAAGUGCCAGCAUCUCCCUGUGGAAGCUCCGGGAGACCUCCAGGUUGGCUGCGUGAGCGCCUGUUGGGUGAGCAGAGGCUGUUGCCCUUGCUGAGGCUCCUGUCCCAGACGUGUGCUCAGCAGCAGAGGGGUCCGGGGGCGCCUGGCCACUGCACUCA